ACUAUGUUUUAAACUCACGCUUUUAAAGAACAAAGUCUCUGUUUGAGAGAUCCGCAGAAGCGGAGGGCUAGAUUUCUCAACUCGUUACAGUCGCUGCCGGACUGCCUCUGAACAGUUGACUGCGCGCUUGAGACCGAGAGGCUCCGGGCUCCGGGGAUGCGACGCAGACCGUCGCCAAUGUCGCCGCUGAAAUGAGUGUGGCGUUUGAGCAACAGCCCGGAGUGUGUGUGUAUGUGUGACUCACUGUGAUCCGAGGUGACAGUCCAGAUAACUGUGGGGCUGACAAUGCACCGACUACCAAACAUUCAUUGAAUUUAAUGGGAGCUACUGGGAAAUCCUCUGUGGCAUAGGCUAAUUUAUCGUGCGCUGGAAGUUGCAUGAAAACGGAUUUUUUUAUGAGUACAGUGACAUUUCGUAAGUGGAAUGGAUUGGAUUUGUUUUCGGGAAGGUGCACGACAAUACCUGUUCGCGGCAACUUUGCCGUUUUUCCUUGAAGAGUGGAGCAAAGGAGAAACUUUAAUGUGUUGCUACACUGCUCCAUAAGAAUGGCGAUGACAAAGGCGAACUUAAGCUGUCUGGAUAGUUUAUCCCAGGGAAACAACUGUCUCACCGCCAGGAGCACGUCUCCCGGGGUCGCGGCCACCCUCGCCGGCGUGCUGAUCUUCACCACCGUGGCUGAUAUCGUUGGAAAUCUGCUGGUCAUCCUGUCCGUCUACAGGAACAAGAAACUGAGGAAUGCAGGUAACAUCUUUGUGGUGAGUCUUUCUGUGGCUGACCUGGUGGUGGCGCUGUACCCCUACCCGUUAGCUCUGAUCGCCAUCUUCCACAAUGACUGGACGAUGGGCUCCCUGCACUGCCAGCUGAGUGGCUUUAUUAUGGGUCUGAGUGUGAUCGGCUCGGUCUUCAACAUCACGGCUAUCGCCAUCAACCGCUACUGCUAUAUCUGCCACAGUCUCCGCUACGACCGCCUGUAUUCACGCCGAAACACCUGUCUGUACCUGCUGCUCACCUGGAUGCUCACUGCUUUAGCCACCGUCCCGAACUUCCUUGUGGGAUCCUUAAAAUACGACCCGCGGGUUUUUUCCUGUACCUUCACUCAAACAGCAAGCUCUUCUUAUACAGUCUGUGUUGUUCUGAUCCACUUCUUGGUCCCUCUAGGUGUGGUUUCUUUCUGCUACCUGCGCAUCUGGACGUUGGUGAUCAGGGUUAAAGGACGCGUGCGGCCCAAUCCAAAAGUCAGAACAGCUGAUUUGAGGAAUUUCCUGACAAUGUUUGUGGUGUUUGUGCUCUUCGCCGUGUGCUGGGCACCUCUGAACUUCAUUGGACUCGCGGUGGCCAUUAACCCUGCAAAAGUGGCGCCGAAUAUCCCGGAGUGGCUAUUCGUUACCAGCUACUUCAUGGCGUAUUUUAACAGCUGUCUAAAUGCUGUGGUUUACGGAUUACUCAAUCAGAACUUCAGACAAGAGUACAAACUGAUUCUUCGUGCUCUUUGCACGCCGAGAGCGCUGUUUACAGACAGUUCCAGGUAUAACACUGAAGCUAUUAAGAGUAAACAGUCGCCGGCAGGAACGAAUAACAAUGUGAAAGAGGCCAAUGCGUAUAAAGGCGGAGUGACACACACUCUAUUCUAGUAGAUCACUUCUUGUUCUUCUUGUUCUUGAUCACUUCUACCGAACAACUAUAAUAUUAAGGUGCAAGGGGGCUAAAGGUA